AUGCCUUUGUCCGGCCACUGCCUGUGCAAGGCUGUCACUUACACUGUGGACGUCGACGCACCCCUCAUCGUGGGGUACGAUCAUUGUGACGACUGCCAGCGUCAAAGCGGGUCAACCUACUCUCUAGUUGCCGUUGUCCCCAAGGACAAAUUGACGGUCAAUGGACCCAUCAAGAAGUGGUCUGGAACGGGAUCCUCCGGCCAUGCGGUGCACCGUCUCUUCUGUUCGGAUUGUGGCUCACCCAUCGCGCACGAUCCCGACGCGGCCCCAGAGAUCAUUGCCCUGAAAGCUGGUACUUUUGACACAGAAAUCAAGAAAAACCUCAAGCCCGUAUGUUCUGCGAUCCCGUGUAAUAGCCCCCCUUACUGA